AUGGUGCUCUUUGGUUCACAGUUGAAGAUUCAAGUCCUUCCCUUGCCUCCCUCUGUUUUUUCUCCAACUGAUUCGCCGAGGUCACCUAGUGAUUUUGGCAUCAAGACUAAGAAUUCUCAAUUAGGUUCAUUCUGUUGGAAAUGCUUAUCACCAUCUCCCGUGAAGAAAUCUCCAUUUGGUUCUUUGAAUUCUGGUGUUUUUAGUAGCCUUUCUGCUAGUGAAAUUGAGCUUUUGGAGGACUAUACGUGUGUGAUAUCACAUGGUCCUAAUCCGAAGACUACUCAUAUUUUUGAUGAUUGUAUUGUUGAGAUCUACUGUGGAGUUGUAAAGCUCUCCGAAUCGAGAAAACAAACUGGAUUUUUCUCGAACCGAUCAAUGAGUUAUUCCUCUGAGAAUUUCCUCAGCUUUUGCUACAGUUGCAAGAAGAAUAUUGGACAAGGGAAAGACAUUUACAUGUACAGAGGUGAGAAAGCAUUUUGCAGCAGCGAAUGCCGUUACAAGGAGAUGAUGCUGGAGGAGGGAACUGAAACUUCAGAAUGGGAGAAUGUUUUUGGUACUCCUUCAGAACAAUUCUAUCACCAACUUCACUAG